CGAAACAACAGUUAAAAUGGGCGCGCUGCUGCGCUGUAGGGAAGUAACAAAGACGAUACGUUUUGACACUGGAGCUUUUGCUGCUGUUUUCUCCCCUGCGUUCUUCAAUUUGCCCCAACCAAAGGGACCUUGGCCUCCUCCUCCGUCUCGGCAGUAUCGUCUUCCAGUGUCCAACGGCCAAUUCUAGGUUCUAGCUCAUGGCGUCAGAGUCGGAUGAUGAAUUCGUUACUCUCUUAUGCACAAACCCCAAUGCAGCCGAAGACACAGAAACUUUUAUUUCCACAACGGAUAUCCAUAACUGGGAGUUGUCUGCGAUCCUCCGCUGCCAAACAGUCAAAAUUCAAGCUCAUCGCGUCAGGCUUGUUGAGCAGUCUUCUUAUUUCCAUGGCCUUCUUAGUGGAAGCUUUUGCGAGUCAAACUUGAGUUGUGUUUCAAUCCAGUGGAACAUGGAAGUAUUUAUAAAUGUUUUAAAGUGUGUUUAUGGCUGCAAAGUGGAUAUCACAUCUAAAACCUUCCUCUCUCUUUUUGAGGCAGCACUUUAUUUUGGAGUAGAAUCACUUCUAUUGACAUGUAAAACCUGGUUUUCUGAGGCAUCUUCAACCAAGGGGCCUGGGCUGCUUGAAAUUCAAGUGGAUGAUUUAAUUCAUAUUUGGAACUUUGGUUUAGAGCACGCAAAUGAUUUUAUUCCAGAAUUAUGUGCGAGCUAUCUAGCAAGAAAUUUCAUGCAAGCAAUCUCUGGUAAAUUUUUUGGAGAUGUUCCUUAUAAUUUGUUAUUUCAUUGCAUAAAGCAUCCUGAUUUGACAGUAUACAGUGAGAUGCAUCUUGCUGAUGCCCUUUUAGUUUGGCUCACUGCAAAUACGGAACGGUUGGAACCUUUGAGCAAAGCUGAAGAUGAUUGUACUGGCAUUUUAAACCAGCUCAGGAUUAGUCUUUUGCCCUUGUGGUUUGCUGCAGGGAAAAGAAGGUCAUGCUAUUUUACAGAACUUGCUGAGAAAAGCAUGGAGACAAUAUUUAGACUGCUGAAAAUUCCGCCUGCAGACUCAAUUGGCAUCUUUGACGAUGGUGACUUGGAUCAUCUAAGGAUACGGUUGACAGAAUAUUCUAAGAAAGUGAACCUUUCAGGUUGUCCACAAAUAACAUCAGUGAUUCUUCUCCUCUCUUUGCUUCCUAAUUCUUAUUGUGUGGACUUUAUGCUGAGGAAAAGCAUUAGACAGUCUUUGAUCAACCUUGAACGUCUGAGUGCUAACAGAGAUCAAUGUGGAAGUGGAAUUUUGCAUGGUUUGCCACCAAUUCUCUCUUUUGAAGGAGUUGAGGAGGUGGAUAUUUCAAAGUGUCCAAGGCUACAUCUUGAAUCCACCAUUGAGAUCUUCUUGAAGUCAUUUCCUUCUUUAAGAAAAUUAAGAGCAACACAUCUUUUGAACUUUAAAACAACCACUUUGCACAAAUUAAUGCUGAAGUGUCCACGCAUUAGUGAAGUUGAUUUAACCAUUGAUAUUACUCCGUUGAUACCAGCACAAGUGUCAGUUAUAUCUUCUAGUCCUGUUAUAGUGCCACCAUUAACAAACAAGUCCUGCUUUGUGGGCAAUAACUUCUUGGGCAUGGCAUCUUAUCAUUCACAACCAUCUGUUUCAAAUAUCACAAGACUCAUAUUGGAGGGUAGAAGUGAUAUUUCUGAUUUGGAUCUCCAGUAUAUCACAGGGUUAUGUGUUUCUUUAAAGUACAUAAAUCUUAAAGGUUGUGUUUCGGUAACAGAUACUGGCAUAUCAAAUCUCAUAUGCAGAUGUAGUAAACUACACUCAAUUUUAGUUUGUGACACGUCUUUUGGGAUAAAUUCAAUUCAAGCUCUCUGCUCUGGUAUUACAAGUUUUGGUCCCGCUGCUUCUGACUUGGAAAAGAGAUGUUCAGAUACAUUGGCAUUUAAACUUCAAACACUUCAUAUUGGUGGUUGCAUGGGUGUUGAUGAAAGAUCCCUAUUUGACCUUAUGUCUCAAACACAAGCUCUGGUUAGCCUUUGCUUGAGGGGAACUCACGUUGUUGAUGAUGCUCUUUAUCAUUUCCCAGGCUCUUCAUUGGAGAUACUUGAUAUUUCUAAUACAAUGGUUUCUGGAGAUGCUUUAGCUUACAUUGUCAAUGGAAAUCCUGCUUUGAAGUGUUUGAAUGCAAGAGGCUGUAAAAAUCUGAUUCAUCAAGGAAGUAAUACCAGUGGAACAGAACUUUCUUCCUCAUAUUCUUGUAGAGAUCUCUAUACUGUGUUGGGCAAGAAAUGCAUGCUAGAGGAGAUUGCAUUUGGUUGGGGAUUUUCUUGGUUGUCUUUACUAGCUCUUAGACCUGCAAUUAUGUCAUUAAGGGCAAUAAGUGUUGGUUUGGGUGGAUCAUUGGGUGAAGACGCCCUUAGACUACUUCCUACAACUUGUCCCAUGCUGGAGUCAUUAAUUCUUUGUUUUCAGGUAAUCUCUGAUGCCAUCAUCAUAAACUUUAUGAGAUCACUGAGGCACUUGCAGGCAUUGUCCCUAUGCUACUGUCUUGGUGAUGUAUCCACAUCAAGCUUCAAAAACUCUAUCGCAAAUCUAAGGAAAUUGAGGCUUGAGAGGGUAACUCCUCAGAUGACCAACAAUGAUUUGGUUGUUCUUACUCAGAACUGUGCAAGCUUGGUUGAGUUUUCAUUGGUAGGAUGCCGGCUUCUCAAUUCAGAUUCUCUGCGCCUCAUUUCACAGGGAUGGCCUGGCUUGAUUUCAGUCCAUCUUGAGGAUUGCGGAGAAGUAACUGCAACUGGAGUUUCUUAUUUGUUCAACUGCAGAGCUCUUGAAGAUAUCUUGUUACGUCAUAAUGGCCCGGGGAUACCCAGUAGCUUCAUUCUUGAUGCUGCUUCAAAGAUGCCAAUGCUCCGACAACUAGCAUUGGAUUUAUGUGAUGCAUGUGAAGGUGACUUUGACAUUCCAAAUGAUGGAAACAGAUAUUUGUUAAGUAUUGUGAAGAUAGCGAGAUGUAAGUUUCAAAGAUCUACAAAUAUUUACUUCCAGGAGACUCACAGGAGGCCAGUGCACAAGGACACCUUAGUGCUGGUUUGGAACGCUCAAAAUCUCAACAGUACAGUGGUCAAGGAAAGAAUUUGAGUGUAAUGGAACCAUAGCAGAUUCUCUCACAUUCGUCUGUCAGGUGUAAACCAGGGCCUGUAUAAGCAGGAUAGAUAUCACUUGGCUUAGCACCAGAGACCUCGCAAAGUAAGAGGGUGAUUGGUCGAGCUUGUCAAACUAAUUUAUAAGCUCUAAAAUUUAUAAACUAGUUUGACCAAUUAAAUUGUUAUAGUAUUUUUUAUUAAAAAUUUAAAAUUAUAAUAUGUAUUCUCAAUUAAUGAAAAAAUAAUUUAUAUAUAUUUUUAAUAAUUUUCAUAAUAAAUAUGCUUAUAAGUUAUUUUUAA